AUGGAAAGCCUCGUAAAAAUUCUGAAUUCUCCCAUAAUCCGCGAGGAGCUUGGAUUGCUUUGUGGUAUUGAAACAGAGAUACAAAAGCUUUCAAGCUUGCUAUCAGCAACCAAAGCAGUGAUUGAAGAUGCCGAGCAUAAGCAAUUUACUAACAAGGCAAUUCAACAUUGGCUGCAGAAGCUCAACCUUAUUGCUUAUGAAGUCGACGACAUAUUAGAUGAUUAUGUAACUGAAGUCUCAAGAGAACCGAAGUGCGACAACGUAUGUUGUAAUGUAUUGGAUUGCCUUCCAGCAACAUCAAACAUAUGGUUUCGCCACAAGAUUGGAGCAAGGAUAAAGGAAAUCAAUGGAAAAUUUGAUGCAGUUGCUAAGCAGAGAACACAGCUUGGUUUGAGUGAUCACACUCAGGUUGGUUCCACUGCACCAAGUGAGACUGGAGCCGUGGUAAAUGAACCUGAACUAGUCCUUGGAAGGGACGUGGAGAAAGAGAAGAUUGUAGAAAUAUUGGUGAAGCAAGUCAAAGAUAAUCAAAAAGUAUCAGUGCUCCCUAUAGUGGGCGUUGGAGGCCUUGGAAAGACAACACUUGCCCAAUUGGUGUUCAAUGAUGAGAGCAUAGCCAAGCAUUUUGAGCCAAAACUCUGGGCUUGGGUUUCAGAGAAAUUUGAUGUGAAGAAGAUAAUAAAAGACUUAAUUGAGUCUGCAGAAAAGGCUUCUACUGGAGACUUAGCCUUGAAUGCUCUCCAGAUAAAACUUCAAAGUUUAUUAAAAGGGAAAAGAUAUUUGCUUGUCCUAGAUGAUGUCUGGAAUUAUAAGAAAGAGGAAUGGGAGAAACUGAAAUCUGUUUUAGCAUGCGGAUCAACAGGUAGUUCAAUUGUCAUAACAACUCGCAUGGAAAAGGUUGCCGAAAUAAUGGGGACAUUACAUAUGCAUAGUCUGUUGAGUUUGUCAAGUGAUCAAUGCUGGUCACUAUUUUGGCAACGGGCUUUUCGUCUUGAAGAGGCAAACAAAUAUCCUAAACUUGAAGCUAUUGGACUAGAGAUUGUAAACAAAUGUGGAGGUGUUCCAUUAGCUGCAAAGACUCUUGGAGGCCUUCUGCGGUCAACGAGAGAAGAAAAACGAUGGAACUAUGUGAAAUGUAGUGAAAUUUGGAACUUACCUCAAGAUGAGACAGAUAUCUUGCCUGCAUUGAAAUUGAGCUACCUUACUCUUCCGGUAGAGUACAGAAGUUGCUUUGCAUAUUGUGCAGUAUUUCCCAAGGGCUCUGAAAUUGAAAAAGAAGAAGUAAUACAUUUGUGGAUGGCAAAUGGAUUAAUUUCAUCUAAUGAAAUGAUGGAAGUGGAAGAUGUUGGUGAUGCAGUAUGGACUGAACUACAUAAUAGAUCAUUGUUCCAAGAUGUGGAGAAAGAUUGGUCUGUUAAUGUUCUCACUUUUAAGAUGCAUGACCUUGUUCAUGAUCUGGCUCAAUUCGUGAUGAAUGGUAAACACGAUGGAAGAGAAUCAGAUAGAACCAUCCGGAAUCUGACAUUGGAUUGGCCAGGUGAUCAGCUAACAGUGGCUUUUCCAAUUAGAAGAAUGGCAGGCACUGAUCAGUACUCUUCUUUCUUGUUGAAAUGUGGUUCCCUGAGGGCGCUCACUAGUAUGGGGACAGAGUUGUCACUUGCAGUAAGCAACUUGAAACAUUUAAGACAUUUAAAUCUUUCAAGAUCUGACAUUGAUGAACUACCUAAUUCAAUUUGUGACUUGUGGAAUUUGCAAAUUUUAAACCUGAAUUAUUGUUUUCAACUUCGGAGUCUACCCAAGGGCAUGAGAUUCCUUAGAAAUCUUCGACAUCUAUGUCUGCGGGGGUGCUUUAAUUUGACUCACAUGCCAAGUGGAAUUGGGAAGUUGACUUGCUUGCGGACGUUGAGUAUGGUCGUCCUGCCACUAAGUGAGUUGCGAGACUUAAAUAACCUUAGAGGUGAGCUAACAAUUAUGCACCUUGAGAGGAUUGAAGACAAAAAGGAUGCAGAAGAAGCUUGCUUAAUUAAGAAACAGAGUCUCCGCGAGUUGAAUUUGUAUUGGGAUUCCGAAAGAACGGUUCAACGGUACAAUGAUAAGGAAGUGCUCGAAGCCCUCAAACCCUGCCCCAACCUUCAACUGCUGCAUGUCCUAGGCUUCAACGGUUCAUCAUUUCCAUCUUGGAUUUCAACUGUAACAGAAGUUUGUGUGGGCGAGAGUGCAGCGGAGUACAUAGUUGGGGUCCAAGAGAGUACUGCCGCUGCUGUUGCAAUGUCCCCAUCUUCGUUGAAACAGCUGGAGUUAGAGAACAUGCCCAACCUAAAAGGAAUGUUAGGAAGAGAAGUCCAAGGUACUCCAGGGGUAUUCUCUCAACUUCAAUCCUUGUCCUUUAAGGAUUGCCCAAUGUUGACAUUGCCACUGCCACGUAUGCUGUCCCUAAAGGAGUUAUGCGUCGACAGUUGCCCGAACAUGGCAUGGGCUUCAAUCUCCAAUCUCACUAGUCUUAACUUCCUUACAAUUAAGAACAUUGAAGGAUUGAGUUGUUUUCCGGAAGAGAUGCUACAAAAUCUUAGUCUUCUUGAAUCGCUGCAAAUUAGUUUUUGUCGCGAGCUGAACACUCUGCCAGAAGAAGGAUUGCGAGGCCUUGCUUCUUUGCAUGAACUCCAUUUGUACGGUUGCCGUAAUUUGGUGAGCCUCUCAAUGGGGACUACAGCCCUCAAAUCCCUGACUCAUCUAAGCAUCGGAGGGUCAGACUUGACAGUUCUGCCAGAGGAAGUCGAACAUUUCCCCGCACUACAAAAACUAGAUCUGUCCGGUUUUUUCAAUCUAACUUCAUUGCCAGACUGGUUUGGAGACCACCUCACUUCUCUUCAAGACCUGACACUACGGGAUUGUCCGAAGCUUGAAACACUUCCAUCCAGCAUUCAAAUGAUGACGACACUCCAAAGUUUGACAAUAACUUGGUGCGAUCUACUGGGACCACGGUGUGAAAGGGGAGGAGAGGAAUGGUACAAAAUUAAGCACAUCCCGGACCUGAAAAUUCAGUAAUACAAUUAUG